AUGUCUACCAACGGACAGACCAACGGUCAUGAUGCCACUUCUGGCCCUCCUGCCACUGUCGGCGAAUGGGCCCCCAAAACCGACUUCAACUACGAGGUCACCGACGAUGGCGUCCACUGGGAGCACAACGCCCGUGUCUACGAAUGGGAUGGCGAUGAGGGUGAGGUUGGCCCAGAGCACCCCGAGUUGGAGGCAGCCUUAUUCGGCCCACCCGAAGAACGCGGCGGCCAUGGCAUCAACUUCGCUGCGAUCGCCGAGAUCAAAGUAGAGCAAGUUGGUGUCACCAAGGUCGAUCCUGUUCGAAGCUUCGACACCGCAGGUUUGCACCCCGCCAUGUUGAAGAACGUGCAAUUGGCCGGAUACCGCGUGCCAACUCCGAUCCAAAUGUGGUGCAUUCCUGCUAUCCUGCAGGGCCACGAUCUCAUUGCCAUCGCACAGACUGGCUCGGGAAAGACCGCCGCCUAUCUCAUUCCUAUCCUCAGUCGCCUGAUGGGAAAAGCCAAGCAGCUUGCUGCCCCCCGCCCAACGGCGCAGGACUUCCGCGAAGGCAGUGCCAGACCUGUGACUGCUGAGCCCCUUGUGGUCAUUGUCUGCCCUGCCCGAGAGCUUGCGGUGCAGAUCUUCAACGAGGCAAGGAAGUUCUGCUAUCGCAGCAUGCUCCGACCUUGCGUCGUCUAUGGUGGCGGCCCACUGCGCGAUCAGAUCGCCCAGCUGCAGAGAGGCUGCGAUGUUCUUAUUGCAUCGCCUGGCAGAUUGGUCGAUUUCAUGGAGCGGCCUGGCGUCCUGUCUCUCCGUCGGGUCAAAUACAUGGUCAUUGACGAAGCCGACGAGAUGUUGGACGACGGCUGGAGAGAUGGCUUUACCAAGAUCAUGUCAGGUGGCGAGCAAGAUGAGGGCGACGUCAAGUACAUGAUGUUCUCUGCCACCUUCCCUGCUGCUGCUCGCCAGCUUGCGAAGGAGUACCUCACCGACAACCACGUCCGCCUCCAAGUCGGUCGCAUUGGUUCUACGCACUCCAACAUCAAGCAGGAUGUCAUCUUCGUUGCUCGGGAACUCAAGCAAGACGCCGUCUUCGAUAUGCUCACCACCAUGCCACCUCAGAGGACUAUCAUCUUCGUCAACAGUAAGCACGCAGCUGAUCAGCUGGAUGACUUUCUGUUCAACAAGAAUUUGCCAUGCACCUCGAUGCACGGCGACCGCACGCAGCGAGAGCGCGAAGAUGCGAUGCGCAGUUUCCGUGCCGGAACUACCCCUAUCCUGAUCACCACCGGCGUCACUGCUCGUGGCAUUGACGUGCGCAACGUGAUGCAUGUCAUCAACUAUGAUCUUCCCAGCAUGGAACAUGGAGGCAUUCAGGAGUACAUCCACCGUAUUGGUCGCACAGGUCGUAUUGGCUAUGAGGGUCGUGCAACUUCAUUCUACAACGAGCGUGAUGAAGGUAUUGCACCACUCCUGACCAUGACACUUCUUGAGACCAAACAGGAGGUACCAGAUUUCCUCUCUGGCUUCGUCCCUGAAGGCGGUGCUCAGGCACCGCUGGUCUUUGAUGACGACAGCGACGACGAAGGCAAUGCUAACGGUACCUCCAAUGAUGCAUCUGCUUCGGGUUGGGGUACAGAUGCUCCUCAAGGUGGCCACCAGCCUAUCAGCGAAGCUUGGUGA